CUGGGAGGGACGACUCAGUACCAGAACGUGAGACAGCAAGGCAGUGUGUUCAAAGGGUGCCAUAAACUGUUGCUUUAUUUAAUGUGGGACGACACAGCACCAGACGUCAGACACCAAGGCACUGUUCAAAGGGUGCCAUAAACUGUUGCUUUAUUUCAUGUAUUGUCGCAGAACAAGACAGUGACAGGGGCCGUGGCUGCCUGCGUGUGCUGGUUCAAGCUUGGUGCCUGCCGGGAGGUGCCUACAGGGCCACCAAGGCUAAUAUUGGUAAGAAACCCGCCCACCACUUGUCCAGCCAGAUACAAAUGUAGAGGGACAAAAGAGAAAGGCAGGAAGACCACCACCACCAGCACAGUGGAAGAAAGAAGUACAGUAAUUUCAACCUGUGUAAUACGAUAAUAUGGCCAAAACAAUCUGGCAACGCUGCUCCCCGUCACUACCAGUCGCCGCCCGCUGAGGAAGGAGGCAAAGGAAGCUACGUUGACGCAGCGAUGACAGAAAACGUGAAGUCAUGGCUGUACUCUUACUGUGGCAAGAAGAAAAUAACACCCAAUUAUGAAGUCCGGAAUUCUGGACCCAAACAGAGGCAGAGGUUCCUGUGUGAGCUGAGGGUUCCAGGCUACAAUUAUGUUGGCGUCGGAAACUCCAUCAACAAGAAGGACGCUCAGGCCAAUGCUGCAAGGGAUUUUUUGCAGUUCCUCAUUAGACAAGGGGAGGUGUCCGUCAACGAUGUACCCGACCUGCAGGGCUCUGAUGGCGGCAGUGGUGGGGGCGUUGGCACCAUUGGUAGCAUUGGUAGCAUUGGUAACAACACAAAUGUAGACGUGAAGCCGUCUCUCAUGGGGGCACCACCAGGCCAAGGGCUCCUCGGGGACGGCCUGCUGCCCCUGUCUGCCCCGAUGGCCCCCGUUCCUGGUCUGAGGGACGAGGGAAAUGUGUACCUGCCCAUCCAGCGAGGAGGCCGCCCCAUGACCUAUAUGGAGCGUGUGGAGGAGCGGAAGGCUGUGGAGGAGGCGGAGGACGUGGAUCUUACGGCCAGCAUCCACGGGAACUGGACGGUGGAAAAUGCCAAGUCACGUCUUCACAUGUUUUUGCAGACAAACAAGAUCAAGACAGAUUACAAAUACAGUGCCAUUGGGCCAGAUCACAACAGGAGCUUCGUUGCUGAGAUGUCUUUCUACGUCAAGCAGCUCCAGAGAAACAUCUACGCGAGAGAGACGGGUUCCAACAAGCAGGCGGCCAGCAAGAGUUGUUCACUGUCCAUCGUGCGUCAGCUGUACCAUCUCAAUGUGAUCGAGGCGUUCUCUGGCACGCUCAAGAAGAAGGAGAGCGAGAAAUUGAAGCCGUAUGAUGUGCAGUUGAUUCCAGACCUCAUCACUCAGUUGGAUGCUGCCGUCAAGAGUACAGGAGUGAUGCCGGUGUUCCCUGGAAACGACCCAACCAUAUCCGUCAACCUAGCAAGCGACGUGAAGCUGGCAGAGUUUGACACCCCUGACGCACCGCCCAGCACAGGGGGCAUUGUGUCCUGGUCGCCACCGCAGCCCAACUGGAACCCCUGGACUUCUUGUAACCUGGAUGACAGCCCCAUGGCUUCUAUGAGCAAAAACCUGGAUCAGCUGAGCCAGUCGAUGCAGCAACACUACCAGGACCGUCUGCAGACCGACAACCGCCUGCAGCAGAUGAUGAACCAGCGUAAGGACUUGCCAGUGUUCAACAAGAGGCAGGAGAUUCUGGCGGCCGUGUACGACAACCCCGUCACCAUCAUCAGGGGCAACACUGGGUGCGGCAAGACAACCCAGGUGUGCCAGUACAUCCUGGACGACUACAUACAGUCUGGGUCAGGUGCCUACUGUUCCAUUGUGGUGACUCAGCCGCGUCGUAUCUCAGCAGUGUCCGUGGCCGACCGCAUUGCCUGUGAGCGAGCAGAGGAGCUGGGCCGCACUGUGGGGUACACUGUCAGGUUUGAGAGUGUGCUGCCCAGUCCAUACGGCUCCAUCCUGUUCUGUACGGUGGGCGUGCUGCUUAGGAAACUGGAGUCUGGCCUGCGGGGUGUGUCGCAUGUCAUUGUCGACGAGAUUCACGAGAGAGACAUCAACACAGACUUCAUUCUCAUCGUUCUCCGAGACAUGGUGCGUGCGUUCCCAGACCUGCGCAUCAUUCUCAUGUCAGCCACCAUCGACAUCUCCCUCUUCCACAACUACUUUGGCAACCCGAUGGUGAUUGAGGUGGAGGGCCGCGCGUUCCCUGUGCAGGAGUACUUCUUGGAGGACUGCGUCGAGCUUACCAAGUUUGUGCCGCCGCCAGACACCAGGAAGAAAAACAAGAAGGACAAGGACGACGAGCUUCCGGGCGACGAACCAGAGGAGAACCUAAACAUCGUCAGGUCAGCCCAUUACUCAGACGCGACCCGCCACACGCUGUCAAUGAUGAGCGAAAAGGACAUGAGUUUUGAGCUGGUAGAGGCGUUGCUGAAGUACAUAGACUCCCUCGGCAUCUCUGGGGCUGUGCUGGUGUUCCUCCCCGGCUGGAAUGCUAUCUUCGCCCUCAUGAGACACCUCAACCAGCACCCGGUCUUUGGGGGCAGCAGGUACACGGUGAUGCCCCUGCACUCCCAGCUGCCCCGGGAGGACCAGCGUCGGGUGUUUGACUCAGUCCCGGAUGGCACGAGAAAGAUCAUCCUGGCCACCAACAUCGCCGAGUCAUCAAUCACCAUCAAUGACGUGGUGUUUGUCAUUGACUCCUGCAAGGCCAAGAUGAAGCUGUUCACCUCUCACAAUAAUAUGACCAACUACGCCACUGUCUGGGCCUCUCGCACCAACCUGGAGCAACGCAAGGGCCGGGCGGGCAGGGUGCGGCCAGGCUUCUGCUUCCACCUUUGCACUAGAGCACGUCAUGAGCGUUUGGACGAGCACGUCACGCCAGAGAUGUUCCGUACACCGCUUCACGAGGUCAGCCUGUCCAUCAAGCUGCUCCGUCUUGGCUCCAUUGGCGAGUUUUUGUCCAAGGCCAUCCAGGCGCCCCCCAUCGAUGCUGUCAUUGAGGCUGAGGUCACUCUCCGCGAGAUGAAGUGUCUGGACAAGAUUGACGAGCUGACCCCCCUUGGCCGCAUCCUUGCCCGCCUGCCUAUCGAGCCACGCCUGGGGAAGAUGGUCAUUCUGGGCUGCAUCUUCUUCUGCGGUGACGCCAUGUGCACCAUUGCCGCCCACAACUCUUCCUCGCAGGAGAUAUUCAUCAUUCCCCCAGAGUUCCGCCGGCUGAGUCCAUUCCAAAAAGCAUUUUCCGGAAGUCGUUUCAGCGAUCACAUAGCGACGCUGAAUGCCUUCUCUGCCUGGGAGGAGGCCAGGGCGGGUGGGGAGCAGGCGGAGAUCAGUUUCUGUGACUACAAGGGCCUGUCCAUGCCUACCCUGCGUGUCAUCUGGGAAGCUAAGAACCAACUGAAGGAGCUGCUGGUGAAUGCUGGCUUUCCCGAGGAGUGCUUGGUGCCUCAGCCUUACAACUUCUAUGGACCAGACCCCAAGCUGGACCUCCUAGUUGGGAUCAUGGUGCUGGGACACUACCCGAAUGUUUGUGCCCAUAAGGAGAAGCGAAAGGUGCUGACGACAGAAUCCAAGGCCGCUCUCAUUCACAAGUCCUCGGUGAACUGCAACAACCGCGAGACAAACUUCCCCUGUCCGUUCUUUGUGUUCGGGGAGAAGAUCCGAACGAGGGCCGUCUCUUGCAAGCAGAUGACAAUGGUGACUCCAAUCCACCUGAUGCUGUUUGGGUGCCGCAGGGUGGAGGCGGUGGAUGGCGUGGUGCGACUGGACGGCUGGAUCAACAUUAACAUGAAUUCUGAGCAUGCAGCGAAGAUCCUUGCACUGCGGCCAAGUCUUGAUGCCCUAAUCAUCCGCGGCACUGCCCAGCCGGAGAGCAUGACUGAGCCGUCACACCAGGAUGAGCAGGUCAUGAACUGCAUCCGCCAGCUGUGCCGCAUGAACGCAGGCCGGCACAACAUGGAGCAGAUCAGUCUGGGCAGCUUCAACACCCCCCGCCCCCCCAGGAUGUUUGGCACUGGCCCUCCUAUUAAGAGAAUGAGGUCUGAUGAUGAGCCAGAUGGCGGCAAUGGCGGCAGCAGCGGCGGCUUCAGCCAGCCUCCGGGCGGUGGCUACGUCAACAACAGUGCGUUUGGAGGGCGGGGUGGCGGCGGCUUCCGGGGCGGCUACAGGGGUGGCCGGGGGGGCUAUGGAGGUGGGGGGUACAGGGGAGGGUAUGGUGGCGGUGGAGGGUUUGGUGGGGGAAGCUUUGGGGGGACUUCUGGCUUCUCCCGUGGGGGUUACAUGGGGGGGAUGGGGGGGAUGGGGAGUAGGGGCCAGUAUUAAGGAAUGGGAUCAGAUAUGCAUUAGUUCAUGUUGACUGAUUUGUUUGUUUCUGAUAAGGUGUUUGAAAUAUUCUGAUACCCACCAUUCAUUUCACUACCAGUCUGUUCUGUCUUCAGUAACUACAUUAACAACACCAUCUUGUCAUGAAUUAGUCUGUAAGAGAGUUGGUAUUUUACGUAAGACAAGAGGAUGACGAUGCAUUUAUUUAUUUAUUUUAUUUUUGUAUUUAUUCAUUCAUUUAUUUUUUUAUUUUAUUUUUUUUAUUUAUUUAUUUUUUCUUUUUUUCACAAGUCAUUUCAUUGCUGAUCUAUUUGUCUUUUACAAGGAUUAGCAUCACUAGUAUUUUUCAUCAUUUACUCCAUUUGAUUAAACUUGUGUGGAAUUUGAAAGGAAAAAUUGUUUAAAUGCUUCUAAUACGAAAGUUAAUCAUUUUAUCAAUAACCAGUACUUUAUUUUUUAGGAGGAUUUUGAGCAUUAGUAUUCUUCAUCAUUUACUCCAUUCGAUUAAACUUGUGUGGACUUUGAAAGGAGAAAUUGUUUAAAUGCUUCUAAUACGAAAGUUAAUCAUUUUAUCGUUAACCUGUACUUUAUUUUUUAAGGAGAAUUUUGAGCACCAUUAGUAUUCUUCAUUAUUUACUCCAUUCGAUUAAACUUAUGUGGACUUUGAAAGGAGAAAUUGUUUAAAUGCUUCUAAUAGAUAAGUUAUUCAUUUCAUUAUUCUGUUCUCUCUUUUUUUGAUAAUUUUGAGCACCAUUAGUAUUCUUCAUUAUUUACUCCAUUCGAUUAAACUUGUGUGGACUUUGAAAGGAGAAAUUGUUUAAAUGCUUCUAAUAGAUAAGUUAUUCAUUUUGUUAUUCUGUACUCUCUUUUUUGAGAAUUUUGAGCACCACUAGUACACAAAAAGUUACUCUGACAAUUCCUAGCAUGGAUAUCAUCAUUAUUUUAUUACAUGUUCUGUUCUGUGACGUUCAAAAAGGAAAAUCUUUACAAAUGUCCCCAAAACAGGGUAUUCAUUUCAUAAUUAAUCCAUUUAUCUUUUUAAUUACUUUUCUUUUUACGGAUUCCGGCAUCACUAGUUUUCUUUAUCUUAAUUCUGGUUCAUUAGGUUCACUGUUCUAUGUAAACUGUGAAAGAGGAGUCUGUGUAAGUGUUUCCAGUACACAAGUCAAUAUUUUCAUCAGUUUAUUUAUUUAUCUUUUAUUUAUUUUUGAGAAUUUCCAGCAUCACUAGUUUUCUUUAUCUUAAUUCUGGUUCAUUAGGUUCACUGUUCUAUGUAAACUGUGAAAGAGGAGUCUGUGUAAGUGUUUCCAGUACACAAGUCAAUAUUUUCAUCAGUUUAUUUAUUUAUCCUAUUUUUUUUUUAUUUCCAGCAUCACCAGUUUUCUUUAUCUUAAUUCUGGUUCAUUAGGUUCACUUUUCUAUGUAAACUGCAAAGAAGAGUCUGUGUAAAUGCUUUUUCUUAUUAUUUUUUGAGAAUUUCCAGCACCACCAGUUGUAUCUUGAUUAUAAUUGUGGUUAGAUUUACUAUUGAUUUGUUAGUCACAUUUAACGAGUCGAUAGGAGAACCCAAUACUAAACAGGAAGGCGAACCGUACUCACCCAUUACUGACUCACUGUAUUCACCCACCACUGACUCGUAAACUGAACUGUAUGGGUUUGAGGUGCACAUGGUGUUAGUCAAGUUUACUGAGAUGAUAGGAAAACCCAGCACCAAACAGGAAGAUGAACUGUACUCACCUGACUGACUCAUGAACUGAACUGUAUGGCUUUGAGGUGCACAUGUUAGUUGUGUAUGCUGUCACACACUUUAGAGGAAUAAAUGUAUAAUUUGG